UUUUUUGCUGCUCUAGUGGUGCAGAGGGUUGCAGUAUCAUUCUAGGUGGAAACUGCUUUCAUGAUCUGUGUUUGUACCAAGGUACAUAAUGUAACCAAAUUCAACAUAUAACAUAGGUGAGAAACAGUUAAAUGUUCAAGAUACGUUCCUCUAGUAACGUGGUGAAAGGACUCCUCUCUCCUUUUUGGUUUUUUAAGAGGUUUCUGACUUCCUGUUGUAAAGGCAUGCUUUGGAACAAAGUUACGUUUAAAGGUUGUUCUGUGCAGGAUCACUGAGGCAAGCUCUGUUUUUGAGCCUCACCUGAGGGAGGUGAGAAGGAUAAUGUGGAACAGAAGAGAAAUGGGUGAAUUGAGGACAGUACAGCAGGUAGAGCCUGAAGAGUAUUUGGGAUACUUACCUGAGCUGCUAGAAAGAAGAGCUCAGCCCAGAGAGACUGAAGAGGAGAGUGAAGAGUCCUAAGCACUUUAUAGGAAAGGGUGGGAAGCCCCAGGUGAAAUGAAUGCAAACUCCUCCUGCAGCUGUAGAUUGUUAUUCCAUUUCCAGUAUUAGUUAGUGAGUGUCCCUUCAGGGUACAACAUUCUCUAGUGAAUUGUUGCUUUGGGAUAGUCCUGCAGCUCUGACAGGGAAAACAAUGCAAAUAGGCAAGGCAGGAAAAGAAGUGAUUCUGCACACCAUGGAUUUCUAGCCUGUCUUGUGAUCUGAGCCAAAUGUUACAAGAAAUUGGGCCCUUAAGGAUGGUCAUAUUUUGGUAGUUACCCACCUGCUCUUAAUUAGGCAGCGUGCAGCAUGCCAGUCCUGCUUUGCUCACUGAAAACGACAGUGGUGAGGAGUCUUGAGGCUUUUAGAAAGGCUCUACCUGAGAGGAAAUAGUUCUGGCUAGAAGAGACAGGUAAGAUUCUUGUUUUGAUACCUUGCUUGGAUAUGUUUUUAUAAAUACAGGUAGACAAAGUAGAGAGGGAGUAGACUUUAACCAGAAAUAUUGCUUUUAUUUCAUUUUAAAUUCAGUAUCUGGCCCCAGUCAAUCCCCAAAAAAAGUAAUUAGACUGUAUUUUUCAUAGUAGUAAAGGUGAAAGCCAUUCAUCUCUUAGUGGGUGCUGCACUAAUUGCAUCUGAGUUUUUAACCUGGAUACCUAGCAGACAAUUGAAAUGAGUUUAUGUAUGUAGUCAUAAAUCCUGAAACUAGCUAAUUUCUUUUAUGGAUUGAAUCUUUCCUUUAUUUAUUUCCUAAUAUUGGUGGUGAUUUGAAGUUGCUAAAAUAAUCUGGUUUAGGACUGAAACAGCAUUCUUAUCUGUCUCUCGUGUUUCUCUGUGGGAAACAUAAUACUUUGGUUAAUGAUACUGUUUAAUGAUUAAAAUGUGACUCAGGAAUAAUGCUGCAAGGACCAUGGAAUAGCACUAAAUUGGUACCUGCACAGUUAGAGAAUCAAAGAUUGAAAUUUGAGCAACUGGGUAGACACAGAACUUCUUUGUGGUGAUUCUGUGGUUUUUUCUGGCUUGAGAUUAUUUUGUGAGAAAAAAAAGAGUAAAAGGGAAUUUUUUGAGAAAUGGUUGAUGUGCAAACCCCAUGAAACUAAUAUAAGUUAGGAUUUAAGAAAAGGUUUUAGCACCACAGCAGUUUAUCACAUCAGGAUAUAGUAAUGGCUUUUAAAAUAUAUAUACAUAAUAAAAAUAUUGAUGAUAAUUUAUAAAGUAUUUUGAAUAGUAAUAUAUAUGAGAAAUUAUUAAAAAUAAAGGGAGAAGGGAAUAAGAUUAUGUAAGCAUUAAUUGAGAAAAGCUGAAAUAUAGAGGAAAUCAGACCAAGUGAAGGAAACCUGUGGAAAUUCCAACUGGUACCCUUUCUCUUAUUGACUGAGCAAUAAAGCAGAUAAUUUUUUACUUUGAGGUAACAUUAUCAUAAAGCUGUGCAAGGGGGCUGUGCAAAUGAACCAGAUUGGUGUGGAUAAGACCUUGAUACGUUUUAUAUUUCACUUUCAUAAAGCAGGAGCUUUACAAAAUUUUAAGUGCUGAAAAGCAGGUGUUUUGAUCAGCCAGCAUUUUUUAGCUUUGCCUAUGAGCUAGAAAAAUCCUGUUAUUAGUUUGUUAGUAGUCUAAAUGGAUCUGUCCUGUGAUUUGAUAGUAAAUCAUUUAAGCUGAAGUUAGAGUGUGUUCAGCAGGAGAGAUAAAUCACAGCUUCUCUCUUGAGAUUACAGUGGUAUGUUAGUCAAAGCAUGAUAAUGGUGGUGAAUCAAUUAGGAAGGGCAAAUUAACAGCACUGCUGUGUCCUGUGUUAGUGAAGUAAAAUACAAAGUUUCUGAAGCACUGUGAUUUUCAAUGUAUUUGAAGUCUUCAUUGUAAUUUGUACUGGCAGGACAUACUGAGUUAAAAAAGAAAGCUGCUGCCAAGUGAAAAAAUACAGUUCUUUAUUUUAAAGGAGAGCUUUCUGUAUUUAUGGCAUGACAUUAACAGCAGUCUUAAGAUGAAGAGUGAUUAAUUACCUGAAUUGUGUAAUAGCUAUUUCAUGAGAACACACAGUAUUUAUUAACUUACAGAACACCUUAAUUCUCUGGUGCCUUUUACAUGAAAAAUCAUUUGACAUUCGUUGGCAGAGACAAAGGGUUUAACUAACAGACUUAUUUGGGUUAGAAGGCUGCAGUAGCACUAAAAUGGGCUUUAGCAAUAGCAUGAAAUCAGAUGUGGAUUUUCUUUUCUACCACACAUGCGGUUCUUCCCAUGGAGCAUCUUCAGAACCAGAAAUCUCACAAGUUCUAAUUGCUGAUCCUUUUGGGAAAGGCAUAUGUUUCUGUGGGUUUUGGAAGGGAGCUGUUCUCACACAGAUAAUCAGAAGUUGUCUGUCAGAAAGUGGCGUUUUAGCAGUGGCUCGUUAUGUUUGGGAGAACAGGUCAGCGCACACAGCUAGCCCAGUCGAACAUUUCUAAUGAAACGUGAUGAAGUUGCACUUCUUUAAAAAUUGAAGAAGCGGCAUACAUUUUGAUAAUGGAAUAAUGGAGACUCCCUACCCCAACUAUCAUCUCCGUUCAUGAUCAUUAGGAUGUGGAAUAUUAAGAGCAGAGCAACUGGGCGUAACAGCCGACGUCCAACAUCUGUCAUGCUGGAGUCCAUUAGUGUUCAAUUGCAUCCUAUUGUUUUUGGAUUAUUCAACCUCAUUUCAUUGUCAUUGCUUCUGCUGGGGAUUAAUCAGCUGUUUACAACUACACCAAGUUUUGGAGUCAUAAUGAAAACAAUUGAGCUAUAGUUCUAAAUAAAUAUACAGUAUUCAGUCUCUAAUGAAAAAAGUUGCUAAUUUAUGAAUGCUGGUAACAGUUUAAUUAAGUUUGAAAUCAAUACAGAUAAUAAAUUAUUAUGUGGCAGGGUUUUUUUUUCCUUUCCCGUACAUCACAAAACAAUUAAUUGAUAUUUCCUUGUAAGCUUAUGUAGUUAUGAUUUUAAUAAUACAAGUACAGUAAAAGAAAGAUGUUUUAAUUAUGAGGCAUGGGUGUGUGUAUAUUGUGGCUUUUCUGUCAUUACAGCUGGUAGCAGAAUUGAUCCCUUGCUGCCAGCAAGAAGUUUUGUUUUUCACAUCCUCUUUUAUUCUUGUCACUUAUUUAGAGAUGUUACUAAAAAGACACCUUUCAUUCACAUAAAAUACACAUAUAUACUUGAAUAGGCUGCAUUAAAAAGGGGCAGUUUUCAGGUGAUUUGUAUUCUUACAUGUUUUUGUGUAUAGCUAUCAUAACCCAUCUAAGUAUUUUUGCACUGAUUAGAUAAACCUAUAGCUAUAUUUUAACUGUUUAAAUAUAUUUAAAUUGUUUUAAUGACUUGGAGUUUGCUGACAGGCAAAUUUAUUAUCCUUAUAUAUCCUUUUUUUUCUCAGGAUACUACUCUGGUCACAAUGUCGUGUACUUUAUACAAUAUUAAAAUUGUGAAUGCCAGAGGGUUUCUAAUAAUUUGAGUUUACUUCUUUUGGUGCCAUAUGUACAAAACAGUGGUAUUCUUGGCCAUGUAUAUUUUAGCUCUUUCUCCUGUUUCAUUAACACAGUUACUUCCUCUAUCCUCAAUAGUUAGGCAGAAUUUUCACAUGUUUUAAUGUACAAAUACUACAAUGCACAGAGAUUUUUUUUUUCCCCUGAGUUGCAACAGAUUAUCCAUUGAAAGGAUCUUUUGCUUAACUGCCCAGAGUCUUGUGGGGCCAGCCAGACACUACUCCAGAUGGCAAGUUGUUAGGGCUGGACAGAAUGGCUUUGGAAGACUUCUCACCAGAUGAAGGCUGUAAUGUUGGGAUUUUACUGUUUGGCUUUUUUUUCCCCCUGUAGUUCCCAGGGUGGGAAGGUGCUGGGAUGGCAGCAGCGUGCCGCCCACCCACCUGCUACCACCUGUUUAGCUUUUGCCGUUUCUAUAAAGCCUCGUCUUGUCCUCGACACAAUCGUUGCUGGCCGGCAGAGGCCAAGGAAAAAAGAGAUCUCUCUUAGGAAGUUACAUCUUUAGAUCACAAGCCUUCACCAUCGCAGAAUACUCUCCUAAACUGAAUCAGAACUUCUCUCAUUUGAAACAGCCACUUGGAGUUGUUGUGCCUUUAAUCCAGUGAGAUCCUUCUUGGAUUAAACGGAGCGUUUUCUUCAGUAACGUACAUUUUGAGAAUGGAGAUUUCACUGUUUUCUCUCUCUCUUUGAGAUUAAAGAAAUUAAAAGAAUGAAAGCAUAAGACAUCAAAAAUGCUUCAUUCUUUCUUUCAACAAUAAGAAACAAUUUCCAGAAGAACCAGAAGAACUUUUAUUUAUUAUUUUUUUAGAAGCCAAGAAAAAUACUCCAUAAUUGAUAUCAGGAAACAGAUUCCAGAGGUACGAAGACUAUUCCAUGAGUGCUUUCCUUACCGCUUUUUAGACAGCGAAUUUUUGCUAGGUGAUCUUUGUGUGUGUGUGUGUGUGGAAGUGAAGCUGCAUCAAACAUGAAAACCUGUCAAUCCGGCCAGCUGGACUCGGCUGUGGGGUCAGACACGGCGUGCAGGAGCGGAGGGGGCUGCGCUGUGAAGUGCAGCUCGGAAAGGAUGGAGAACGCUGCCAAGAGGAGACUGGCUGCCAACGCCCGCGAGAGGAGACGGAUGCAGGGACUCAACACGGCCUUCGACCGCUUGAGGAAGGUGGUUCCGCAGUGGGGGCAGGACAAGAAACUCUCCAAGUAUGAGACCCUGCAGAUGGCUCUGAGCUACAUCAUGGCUCUGACCAGGAUCCUUGCCGAAGCUGAGAGGUACAGUACUGAGCGAGAGUGGAUUAGCCUGCACUGUGAGCACUUCCACGCCGACAGCUUCCACCAGCGCCCGGCGCAGAAACCCGCGGCCAGCGGCGAUCCUUACGCGCAGCGGCUGUUCGGCUACCACCCCGAGCACUUCCAAAUAGCUAAUUAGAACUUGUUGCCAGCUGAGAAUACCUGGCAGGCCAGAUGUGUAAUUUAAUAAUUAGCAAGUUAAUCUGCUUGAUGGAGGUAAUAUUGGCGUUAUAAUAGCUCCUUCUUGUUUGCAUCUUAGGGUAAUUUGACAAAAUAAAUUUGCUCUGAGAACGUAAGAUCAAAAGGCGUUUAAGAUGAUUGAAUGUAUUUAAUGCUGGUGGAAAUUAUACUUUCAAUUUGAAAUAUUUCUGACAGUUGUUUCCUAGUUUGUCUAGUGUAUUUGAUGCUUUAAUUAAAUAAGUUUUUGGUGGUUUUUUUUUUUUUUUACUGUGAUGAAUCAUGACAGUAUUUCUACAGAUCAUGGGACAAGUUGACCCGUGGUGUAACUGAGUGGAAUAGCACCAGAAAUGAACCUCAUUCCAUGUUUUUCUUUUUAUGUCAGCUUGAAAAUUGUUCUUUAGUGUCUUUUCCCAUAAAUGGCUCACAUGGAAAAAGUUUUAUAAUGUAUUGGAGUUCUAGUCCUCAGAGAACUAACUUUCUUAAACUUUGUAAGUUUGACAUAUGGGUUCCAAAGUUGUGUAGGUUUGCUUUAAUCCAAUUUAUGGUGUCUCUUGUAUGCUCGAAAAAGAGCUGGUUUCAAGUCAUGGAAGGAAUGUUUUAUUUUCAGUGGUUGUAAAAGCACGUGUGAUUAUGUACCAUAAAUGAGAAUGCUUGCGUGAAAAUAUUCUAAGCUUCUAGAUUUUUGUAGGCUUUAAAUGAUGGGAUUUUAUUUUUUAACCUUAUGUUAU